GCCCGAUAUUACAGUGUCGCCAUCUGUGAACCAUUUUCCGAUAUUCGUAAUAUGUUACUCGUCUGGCUCUGAAUGAAAUGGUUUUAUUCAAAUAUUUGACAAUUUCUCUAUUGAGGAGAAGAAAUUGUUAUGGAUUAUACCAUCAUGUUCAAUGGCUCUCUAUGCCUACAAAAACUUUUAAGUUUACAGAUUUAGAAGUUAUUCAUGCUAAAUCAUCUCAAUUAAAUCCUAAACCAGAUCCAAACCAUUUGGUAUUUGGAAGANGUGUAUCUCCAUUAUUUGAUGGAGAAGAAUUAAUAAAAUGCAUGAAAAAGUUAAUAUCUAUUGAUAAAGAUUGGGUUCCUAAUCAUAGUUCCAGUUCAUUAUACAUUCGUCCAACUAUGAUAGGUAUUGAACCAUCUUUAGGAGUGGCUUCAGCUAAUAAAUCCUUAUUAUAUGUUAUAACUGGGCCUGUUGGACCAUAUUUUAGCACAGGAGUUAAACCUGUUUCACUGUUAGCUGAUCCUAAAUUUAUACGUGCAUGGCCAGGUGGAAUUGGAGACAAGAAAGCAGGAUCAAAUUAUGGACCAACAGUAGCUAUUCAAAAACAUGCAGAAAAGAUGAAUUUACAGCAAGUUCUCUGGUUGUUUGGUGAUGAUCAUCAGCUAACAGAAGUUGGAACUAUGAAUAUAUUUGUUUAUUUUAUUAAUGAUAAAGGAGAAAAAGAAUUAAUUACUCCUCCAUUAAAUGGAAUAAUACUGCCAGGUGUUACUCGUAAGAGUUUGAUUGAACUAGCUGAAGAAUGGAAAGAAUUUAAAAUUACUGAAAGAGUAAUAACAAUGAAAGAAGUAAUCAAAUUAUUACAAGAAAAUAAGUUAUUAGAAAUAUUUGGGGCAGGAACUGCAUGUGUUGUUUGUCCUGUCAAUCAUAUCCAUUAUCUUGGUCAAGAACUACAUAUUCCCACAAUGGAACAUGUUGAUCCUUUAAAUUUAAGGUUUUUGAAAGCUUUGACUGAUAUACAGUUUGGACGAGUGAAACAUGAAUGGGCAGUGGAAAUUGAAUAAAUGACAGAUUAGUACAGACAUUUUUAAUAUUGGAUACUGAGAAUUUGAUUAUUGCAAAGUAAAUAAAUAAAAUAUUAUUGUUAUUUAUUUACUUUACUAUAUAUAAUUCUGUUAUUAAUUUGAAUAUGUAUUAAAUUU